AUGGCAUCAUCGAACCCGGAAACCCCGGAAACAUCCUUCGAUCUCUUCUCUUCCCUCCAGUUCUCUCCUACUCUCACGGCAUCACCAGAAAACACCGCUGUGUGCGGGAAACCAUGUCCGUAUUAUAUGUUAGAUUACCACCGAGACCGGAUCCUCUAUGCCGCCCAUAACUUCGGUUGGCAAGAAGCUGUGACCGUUCUCGAAGCAUCGAAUUCGCUGGAUUUGAUAAAGGAGAAGUGUUCUGAUGCUGUUGAUGGUGUAUUGGUUAAAGUUGAGGAUAAAGAUGCGGCUGCUGUUCGGCUUCGUAUCUUAAUAUCCCCAUCAGGUUCUCUAACCGCCGAAGCAAACCUCAUCUCCCAAGUCCCCCUCACAUCCCUCUUCCCCACAUCUCUAACCCCCCCAGAAUCCCUCGUCCCUUGGUCCGUCCACCUCGACACCCUCCCGACCCCUCCUACAGACCUAACAAGAUACAAAACAACCUCUCGAACCCACUAUAACGACUCCCGUGUCCGUGCCUCCAUCAAUAGUUUCUUAGAAACCAAAGAAGUCAUCCUCUGGAAUCCGGAGGGUUGGAUUAUGGAGGGGAGUAUUACUAAUGUUUACUUCUAUCGAGAGGAUAAAGGUGGAUGGAUCACGCCUAGUACGCCGAUGGAUGAUCUUACGGGGCAGAGGAAAGGGAAGGGUGGGACUGCGGGGACGGUUAGAAGGUGGUUGAUCGAGAAGGGGAUGGUUAGGGUGGGUGAUUUGAAGAAGGGUGAGGUGCAGGUUGGGGAAUUUGUUUGGUUGAGUAAUGGGGUUAAAGGAUUGGUUUUGGGAAAGAUCGUGAGUGUUUAA